UUAUCCCCCCCCCCAGAUGAUCCAUGUACCAGGGUCCGAUGUGCCCGGGGAGUGUGCGAGUCUCUGUAUCAGUCCGCCAUCUGUCGGUGUCAGGAGGGAUUCUGGGGAUAUCGUUGUGAACAUCAAGGGGUGGACAGCGUCUCUACCUUCUGGGACUACCUGCCGUUACAGGAGGAGGCCUUCCUGACGGGGUCUGUCACGAUCGAGAAGGCGUCAACAGACCCCCGCUGUCAACGGGGGUCAUUCCAGGGACCACUUCACAGAAGAGCCGCCAUCAGCAAAAGUGAGAGAUUUGAAAACGCUAAAAAGAGAUGGACAGAGAGGCGUGUUCGAAGACAGCAGUCUGUAACUAGAUGUGAAAUAGGAAUAUCUGGUUAAAAGAAAAUA